AUGGCUAGAACUAGGGAUGUGGGCGAGCUGGAGGCUAGCGAUGACUCCAUUUCACUUACGUCCACUGUAUCUAGCGCCAAGACCGAACGCUAUGAAGUGGACUGCCUCGUCGCUGAAAGGAAGUCGAAUGGAGUUAUGAAGUACUUGACAGCGUGGAAAGACUACCCCGAACAUUGUCACACCUGGGAGCCCAGGGAGUGUUUUUUCGAGGAUGAUGUGUUUAGUGAAUGGACCAGGACCAAGAUGCGCGUGACUCAAGGUCUUGAGAGACCUUUUGAUGUCAAGGCUUGGGAAAAGAGGUGCAAGGCGAUCAAAAAGGAAACUCGCCUUCGGAGGGAGCGACGCCGAGACAAGAAACUUCGGCUCAGUAACCAAGAUGGGUUGGCUUCGGGGCCGGGAGAACAGGACGCCAAUAUCGAAAGCUCGGGUUCAGAACCUGCUCCGAGACAGCCUGACAAACGCAUCAAGAGGAGAAGCGUGCAUCAAGACUCAUCGCCGUCGUCAUCAAUCUCUGAUCCUUCGUCCAGCUCCAUUUCCGAGGACAGUGACAGACCUCUAUUAUCUCGACAAGAGUCAGAGGUCUUCGCCCCGAGUUCUAAGUGGACACAAGCCGAAACGAUUGCUUUGGAAGAGGGUCUUCGGACUUUGAAAGGCCCUCGCUGGAGGGAAAUCCUAGGCCUGUACGGGCAUAACGGUACAAUAAGCCAAGUACUGAAAGACAAAACGCCCAUUGAUUUGUACGACAAAGCAAAAAGCGUACGCCAAGAAUUCGUUGACAGCGGCAGAGAGCCCCCCGAAUAUUUGAAGCCUUUCUCGACAUCAGCUUCCAGUAAAGGAUCAGGGACCGCAACGCCAAAUGUCUAUUCUGAAAGCAGGGGUCAAAGCAGAGCAGCGUCAAAAAGGAGCAGUAGAAGUACGUCCGCGGAUUCAAUGAUGGCAGAAUUGGAUGAGAAGCAACGGAUCCGGGAAGCAAAGAAUCGAGAGAAUAGUCGACCACAGCAGACUACCAAUUCGACAGAAAUCCUAAAAUCUGCAAAAGGACGCGAGAAAGAGUCAGACACUGCAAAGAAAAUGUCGGGCAGGAAACCCAAAGCUUCCCAGGCUUCUCAAGCACUCGCUCGGAAAGCGGAAGUAGCUUUUACAAGGGAAACCCUCGAAAAAACUCCGAAAGCUGCGCAAACCAAACCUCACCCCAACAAAACAGGUCCUCAUACAAAAGGGGCAACCGUAGGCAAAGAAAGUAGCACGGAUGUAUCGCAUCCGGGAAGACAGUCGAAAGACGGACAUCGUGUAAAAGAGCCGUCCAACCUCAGUGCUAUCCAUCAAGCACAAAGUCAGCCAAAGAGCCUAGCUCCUACUGCAAAGGAAAUUGCGAAACCUGCAACAGAUGUUGCUACUCAGCCAGAGUCUUCCCGCGCAAAAGUACCCGAAAAUACCAAAAUCAUGCGCGAAGAGACAGCCCGGACUACUUGGUCCGGAACAGCAAGAACGCCAACGGCGCGCCCAUCGGUAUCAAAAUCAUCUCGACUAGGAGCCGUAGGAAGUGGACCAACUCGUCUUAGUUCUUUGAAACUAAAGCCCAAGCUUGGACAAAUUGAACCGAAGAAGCCGAGCUUGACGGGCGAUGUUACUGCUGCAUGGAAUGCGGAGCCGAAGAAGCGAAACUCGAAUAAUUGGGCAACAGCGAAUGUAGAUUCAGUGAAUGGCCAGGCUCCAAAACGCAGUUACAAGUUGUCAGUCCAGAAUAGAAUCUACAAGAGUCGUCGUGAUGGACGCGUACCAGAUCCGAAUCGUUUGGUCUUCAUAGAUCCCAAGACCGGGAAGGCACCCACAGCAGUCCCUGCUCCUUCGGCUACCGCGAUGCUAUCUAAAACGCCUCUGCAGCUACACCAGGAAGAACUUGCUACGAGAGAAGCUGAACAACGUCAGGCUCAAGAGGUGGAAGACGCCACGCUCAUUAGUACAAACGAACCUGAUCCACCACCACAAAGCACAGACCAAAACCAUGAACUGAAGGCUGACAGGCGAGGAGUACCUGAAACAGGUAGAUCAAUAUCGAAUGCUUCUACACUGGCGAUCAGACCUACAGCUGGUGACAUGACCGACCGCCCGGCAUAUAUCAACAGCCUCAGCCGUCCUUCGCCAGCUUCCCCACAUCAUGCUUUCCCCAUAAAUGUACCUCUUGGACCUAAAAAAGAGACAGAAAGAAUGCCUACAAUGUCUUUACACGACUACACGAAACGCUCAAUGUCAUCCAGUCAUCUUUUGAACGAAGCCGUUAUCAGCUCGCAUCGACCGUACUCAUCAGAUGACCCUUCGAGGUUUACCCUGAGGAGUUAUCCUUCGUGGGAACACAAGAACGAACUCCUUAACAGGAUAGACACCAACUUGGUAAUAGGGCAUAUCAUCCUUGGGAAGGAUGAUCAGGAAAGCAUCAGUGUGAAACUUGUAGGCUUUGGAUUUGAAGUGAAGAAACUUCUCUUGACCGUUAAGUCCUGGCCUCGAACAGUGCAUUUCGUGUUCGAAACGGUUUGUCUGGCGAGCGAAUACCAAAAAUACUUUCCAGCAGAACCUCCCGAUUACUUGGGGUCAGGCUCUAUCAUUUCAUAUAACCAAAGCGCAUUGGCUGUGGAGGACAUAACAGAAAUCCUUGCGAACAAUCUGCAAGGAGGUCUGUUCUUCGCUCAUCAGUACACCAUGCUCAUCUACCCUGCCGGCGCCAGCGUCUGGGCAUUUCUGGAUAAAAAUCUACCAAAUGUCCAUCUGGGGACAUCUUUGAGAUUCGUCAUCCGCAGACCACUGUCACCAACACUAGCAGACGUCCACGGGCUAGCAACUGAUCAGCUUUCAAAGAAAAACCCCGAACGGUACGCGGAAAUUGUGACUAAACUAAAAAAGAAUCCUAUCCAGGCCGAAGACAAAAAUAUCAACAUUGUGUUCCGCGACAUGUUCGAAAUUGAUUACGCUCGUCUCGUUGCUCAGAACGGGCCUCAACAGCACCCCCCAACCAACAUAUUCUUCCUCUGCUUCAUUCCUCAAGGCUGUGAGAAUUACGAACCAGAUUCAACAAAGCGUUCAGCUCUGCGCAUGAGGACGUCUGAAGAGCAUGAUCUGUUCAUCAAGUUCCUCCAAGCAAACGGCGCCGAAGAAAUUUAUAGUAUGCAGAGCACUGGCUCUCAAGAGAUUGAUAAUAACGGUGCUUGGGAUUAUUUCUUCAAGAACGUCAAGUCUGGGACGAUCAUUUUCCAUGAUGCGUAUAUUCGUUUUGAUUUAGUCCCUCGCCUUGCUAAGCAUCUUUUGCAUGGUUCGGUCAGUGUUUGGAAGACAUCUCUGUCUCCCAUGCACCCUGGGGAAAAACACCCCCAUUUAAUUCGCCUCUUCCCUCACGGGGGCGUCCUGCUCUUAACCGAAUCUCUGGUUCUAUACCGGCCGCGUGAGACUCUCAGAAUUCUGAUGUGGUUCCGUCGUGUUCACAUCCCGGGGAAGGCACCUGGCACCUGGAAGCUUGCCGUACGGCCACAUGUUCGUGAAUGGCUUCUUGGUAUCAUGGAUGCAUAUUCGGAUUCAGGAAAAGACAUUUUCGGAUGCAGCAUACAGAUCUUCGCGGAUAUCUACACAGAAAUCUUUUGGCUUCUCCAAAGCCCUGAUCCAGGCGAUAACGGCCUCAUGUGCUACGAAUGGGACUACGAAACUCCCACUGACGAAGCUCUCAUCGUCAGCUCCUCCAGUCUACGUGUCUUACAAGCUCGCAAAGAGUGGAAAGGCGAAGGAGCGGACAGAGAACCGGACGACAACAACAUCAAACAAAACGACGAUCUCCUUGUUCAAUGGUUCGCCGAAUGGGCCAUGGUCAACCUUCACAACUUCCGCAAAUACAACGUCAUCCUGGGCUACACGAACGAUGAUCCUUUUACCAAGAGAGCUAUUUCGGAUUACGAGAAGGCCUGGGGUCACAUUGAAGUCAUGACACCUGAAGACGCCUUCACGCGUCACAGGGUCACCGCUCAAAGCAAGCUCGACGGAAUGGAAGCUGACAGACGCAGGAAGUCGAAAGAAGAACUGCCGGCUAAGAGAGCUGCGGCCGAAAAGGUCCGCGAGGAGGAACGAGAAGCUGCGAAGGUGGCCUUGGAAGCCAGAAUGCAAGCGUUCAGAGACGUAGGUGCUACGGAAGAGGAAGUGAUGAGCGCUGGACGUCAGCUCCUGAGAGGUUUGGGCGGCAGUGAGAAGGAGGUUGAGGAAUGUAAAGUGGACACGGACAGGGUGUUUGUGGAUAGAUGGUGGGAGGAGUCGGUGGAGGACGGCGAGGUGGAUCUGGAUGCAAUGGACACAAGUGAGGCCGCAUGA